AUGGCCGAUUCUAGUCAGCCGCUUCUCUCUCCAAGAGAGGACCAAAACCAAAAUGAUGAACAACUCCAGUUGCUUACCAGAUCGAUAACAAACAAUUCCUUUGCCUCCUCCUUCGUUGCCGAUGCCGAUGACAUCCCACCAAUCAAUGGUGUCCGCGAUUUUUUCACAGAAUUCGGCAAGGAGUCUAUUAAGCUCUGGUACCUAGCCGGCCCUGCCAUCUUCACUACCAUAUGCCAGUAUUCCCUUGGCGCCAUCACUCAAGUCUUUUCAGGCCAUGUUGGCACUCUCGAACUUGCUGCCGUCUCCGUCGAGAAUUCAGUCAUCGCUGGCUUCUCCUUCGGUCUCAUGGUAGCAGGUAGCUUAGAAAUCUGGUAUUUUAUGGCAUUGAUACUCUUUGCUGGAUAUCUGAAGAAUGCAGAAAUUGCAGUGGAUUCCUUGUCGAUCUGCAUGAACAUUCUUGGCUGGACGGUCAUGGUAGCCUUGGGAAUGAAUGCAGCUAUAAGUGUAAGAGUAUCAAAUGAACUGGGUGCUGCUCAUCCGAGAACAGCAAAAUUUUCACUAGUGGUGGCUAUUAUAUCAUCCUUUAUAAUUGGUCUCAUUCUUGCAGCCAUUCUUCUUAUCUUCAGAGAUACCUACCCAUCUUUAUUUUCAAAUAGUUCACAAGUGCAAGAACUUGUUAAAGAGUUGACACCAUUGCUGGCUUUUUGCAUUGUUAUUGACAACGUUCAGCCAGUUCUCUCCGGGGAUUUGGUAUGGAAUGAUAUUAGGGACUAUCCUGCAGACUUUGAUCCUCUCCUGGAUAGUUUAUAA